AUUCCCGAUAGCGAAACAAAUAAAUAACUGAAGAGAGGACCAUCGGUGGUAGUACAAGUAGUCAAGUAUUCCCUGCUGUUAUCCACUAGACAGGCAAACCGCAAGUUAAGCUGAGAGAGUACAUUCCAUCUGCCUCCAUUUGGAACCCACCUCUGCACUCACUCACUCAUUGACUGACUGCCUGCCUGCCCGUACCGGCGACAGCUUUCUCAUCCAUCCUUUUCAGUCCUCCUUCAACUCAUGUAGUAGCAGUAGCACCAAAGGAAAUCGCAACUGCUGCUGCCAGUGCCAGUGCAAAGGCCCCAUCCCUUCUUCCUAAUCUCCCCGGCCCGUUCGCCAAUCAUGCCGGCCGAUGAUGGCGCCGCCUGCUAAUUACGCUCGCUCUGUACAUUGGCCGGCCACUCAAAUCGCCAUCAUAUAUAGAUGUGACAAUGCUUCAACCCUACGCUCGUUAGCUUAGUGGUUGUGGUAUCGAUUGUGAUUGUGGUACACACUGGCACUUCUACUACUCGAUCAUGAAGCAAGAGCGGCAGGGGAAGUGCAGCACGGCCAUGGCGGCUGGCGCGCCGCCCUCGCUUUCCGGGACCGCGCUGCAGCAGCACCAAGCCGCCGCCUACUUCGGCCUUUCCUGCGCCCUCGCCGCUCUGCGGCGCGUGGCACCGAGCAAGGACGCCGGCGGCUGCGAUCUUGGAGCGAGGCAGCGGCAGUGCCGGUGGUCCCGCGCGAGGGAGGCCGCUCUGCAGGGGAAGAUCGGCGAGCUGGAGCUCCAGGUGGAGGAGCUCCGGCGGAGGAGGGCGGAGGACGCCAGGGCCAACGAGAAGGUGGCGGGCAUCUUCGCGGCGCACGAGCAGCGGUGGUUCGCGGAGCGCAAGUCGCUGCGCCGGCAGGUCCAGGCCGUCGUCGCGGCGGCUCGCGCUCGCGAGGUCAAGCACGACGAGGCCACGGCGGCGCUGGCGCGGCGGCUGGAGGACCAGCGGCGCGAGGCCACGGAGCAGGAGGCCAGGAGGCGCGAGGAGGCCCAGGAGAGGCUGAGGGCGUCGGAGCAGGCGGCGGAGGAGCUGCGGGAGCGCGCAAGGAAGGUGGCGCUGGAGCACGCCGCCGACGUGAAGAGGCACAAGGCGUCGUACGUGGAGCUCGCGUCCGCGCAGAGGCAGCUGGAGGCUGAGCUGGCCCGCGCCGCGCGCCGCGCGGACUUGGCGGACGCGGAGCUCGAGGCCGCGCUGGAGCGCCGCGACGAGGCCGUGGCGACGGCCGCGGAGCUCUCCCUGGAGGCGGCGCGUUUGCGGCGGGACGCGGAGCACAAGGACAAGAUCCUCUCCGCGAUGCUGCGCAAGUCCAAGAUCGACAUGGAGGACAGGGAGAUGCUGGUGCGGGAGGUGAAGAUGUGCAAGGCCAGAAGGAAGCAGGCGGAGCUUGAGGCGGAGCGGUGGCGGAAGAUGUGGGAGUCCCGGCACCGGAGGGGAUCCUCCAGGUCGUCGGCGCAGCGCUGCGCCGCGGUGGACCACACGGGGUGCUCCGACAGGAUGGCCCCUGACGCUCCCGACGCCAAGAUACUGUUCGUUGACCAUGUGGAGGAGGGCAAGAAUGGCCGGCUGGCGCCGGUGACCAAGGAGCUGACCACUGUCGUUGAUUGCUAUGGCAGCAAUGUAGACGACAAGCCCGUUGUAGAGGAGUACAAGGACCUGCAGGAGUGGUUCCACAUGGAGACCGGCAAGUACACGAGCAUGAUCAGGCAGCGGCACAGCGCGGAGCUGGAGGCCUUCACGGAGCAGAUGAGGCUCAAGGACGAGAAGCUGGAGGCGUUCCGGUGGCGCGCCGUGAGCAUGGACGCCGAGGCGGCCCGGCUCCGGUGCCGGAUCCAGGAGCUGGAGGUGAGGCUGUCGCAGAACGAGCAGCACGGCGCCGGCAUGGAAGCGCUGCUUCUGGACAGGGAGAACGAGAACACGUCGCUUAAGGAGGAGCUCGUAGCGUUCCGGUCGGAGGCCCUCGACUCGUCGGAGCCGUUUUCUCCUACCGUCGCCGACUAUGAAGAAGGCAGCAGAAACUCCUCCGAGCAUUGUUCGCCGGUAAAGAUCCAGCAGUUAACAGAUUCCAGAGAGGCAAACCAUGUAGAGGGCAAUGAGAUCAUCGAACCGAACGAGUCCUCGGUUCUGAUCAAUGACACCUAUGCGGCGGCGAGAAGAUCGAUCGACGAAGGCCGUCGGGUUCCGACGGAUCAGUCAUGCCGUUCUGAGAUCGAGGAGGAGAAGGAGGCCUGCACCGAUGCAGGAAAGAAGCGCGCGCGACCCAGCAGCAGCAGCGCCGCCAGUGCCAGUUCUGACGAAGCGCGCUCUGAAGCUCCAGAGCACAAGGCCUCUGCUUGCAGGGUGGACAUCCACGCUCUCGCGGUCUCCUACAAGAUCAAGAGGCUCAAGCAGCAGCAGCUCGUGCUGGAGAAGCUCGCCGCCGAUGCUGCUGCUGCUGCUGCUGAAGGAGGGAAGGAAGGAGCGACGACGAGCAGCGAGGCCAAUGGCAGCGGCGGCAGGCAGGACCCGAGGAGCUACCAGCUGAUGAUCUCCUUCGUGAGCAAGCACGUCAAGCGGUACCAGUCGCUCGAGGACAAGAUCGAGGGCAUCUGCUCGAGAAUGGAGGAGAGCAAGAGGAGCUGUGGAAGGGGGCGGGAGGGCGACAGGGAGCAGAACGUGGCGCUGGCGCGCUUCCUGGAGGAGACGUUCCAGCUGCAGCGCUACAUGGUGGCCACGGGACAGAAGCUGCUGGAGAUGCAGUCCAGGAUCGCCACCACCCUCGCCCGCGCUGCCGUGGCCGGCGGCGGCAUCAGCGACGGAGGCGAUGGCGUUGACACGGCGAGGUUCAUGGACGUUGUUGGGGCGCUGCUUCGGGACGUGCAGAGGGGACUCGAGGUGCGGAUCGCCCGGAUCAUAGGGGAUCUCGAGGGCACGCUCACCUUCCAUGGCAUCCUACACACCACAUUCUGAAUUCUGGUGUAUCAAACGUCGACUGUCGGCCUGUCGCCUUUGAGUAGCGUGGUGUUGUGUGCACGUUGAGCUGGAGCCUGCUAGCAGAAGCAUAUGUUGAAAAAAAAAAUGCAAUGGUUGAGAACCAGCAGGCGAGUUUGGCUGCACAUUUUGAAAUGACAAACAAAUCAUCAUGUUAUCCGACGCAGUUAUCGCACCGAGCUUUAGAUUGUUGAUGUUUCAGGAUGAACUAUCUUUUGGAUUUGCACUGAGCACAUGUACACUCAGAAUCAAGUCUAUUACAGCGAAGCAUACCACUUGACAAGCAUACCACAGAUUGCAAAUUACUUUCUCUGCUUCACAAAUGAAAAAAAUGAUGGGCAACAGCAUAUUCCGCAAAUACAAACUUAUUACAUUCACCCGCAGGUCCAAUCCAAAUUGUUUACUCCUUAUUCCUUCUCGUCUUUGCUCAUGCCCGCAACAGGUUGGUAUGAAUAAUAAUUUAAUACAGAUACAUAGAACAAGUAGUACAGCAAGGCUCCAACCAAAAGGUUUGGGAUUGUCAAGGUCGCUAUUCAACGCCUAUCAGCAGAA